AUGAAUCCGUAUCGAAGCAAAGGAGCCUGUUGCGGAAAGAUGAAGCGCAAAUGUAAAUGCAAACGAUCAGCCACAAAGGUCACUGUGAAGCAAGAAGUUGUGGUCAAAGAAGAACCCACGGAUGGCAUCGAAUUGCUUCAUUAUCCACUACCGCCGUCGCCAGUCGAAGCUAACGCCUCAAUCAAAUCAGAGAGCGAAAGUGACAGCGAAGUCGAACCUGUGAAGAAGGAAAUCAAGUGCGAAGACGAAUGCUUGACGAAAAAAAACGAAAAAGAAGAAAACGGAUGCUUGAAAGCCGAAGCAGAUAGAGAUGAAUUAGUUGGUAAAGACUCACGCGGACCAAGACCAAAGUUGAACAACAAGGGAGCAAAUCAGAAACGAAAAGGCGAUGGCAAGAAGAACAAAGGCGCAAAAAGAGAUCGCAACGGGAAAACAUCGAAGAAACCAGUGGCAAGUGCACAGAAGAAAUACAAAUGUCAUUUCUGUGAUUAUGUUUCAUCGUACAAAUCACAUCUCACAAGACAUAUUCGAACCCACACUGGCGAGAAGCCCUUUGAAUAUGAAAUAUGUACCAAGGCUUUUGCACAGAAGAGCCAGUUAAAUCAACACAAAAAAAUCCAUGGUCCAAAACUUCCAUUCAGCUGUUCGAAGUGUCGCUGUGGAUUUGCGAAUGAAACUAAAAAGAUCAACCACGAAAAUGGAUGCAAAGCUUAUCAGUAUGCAUGCUACUUAUGUGGAACUGUCAUUAAGGAAGUUCAUGGACUAAAGCGGCACAUGCGAAUUCACAGUUGCAUUAAGCCAUUCGCUUGCCAUGUUUGUUCCAGUGCAUUUGCACUUAAUGGUGAUCUAAAGAGGCAUUUUCGGACUCACGUCAAAGAACUGCCGUUUGCCUGCUCCAAAUGUGGUCAACGAUUCGCUCAAGAAAAUGAAAAACAAUUGCAUGAUGAUCAAUGCAAAGGCCGACGAUUAGAAUGCUAUCUCUGUCCAUAUCAAUGUUUCAACAAAUAUAAUUUGAAACGACAUAUGCAAGCAAAACACUUAGGCGAAAAAUCCUUCCGAUGUGGUGUUUGUGAAAAGGGAUUUUGUACAAAAUUCAAUCUUAAGCAACAUUUGGCAACACAUGCCAAACAACGUCCGUUUCGUUGUGCCAAAUGUUAUCGACCCUUUUUCCAAGAAAGUGACAAGGAAACUCACGAAGAACGCUGCAAUCGUCGCCUGUAUCAGUGCUACGUAUGUAAAGACUUAAAGCAAAAUUCACAUCAAUUAAAGCAACAUAUGCGAAGCCAUCAUACGGGUGACAAACCAUUUCCAUGCAAACUAUGCGAUACACGUUUUGCAACGCUUGAUGGAGCUAGACGCCACACGAAAACUCUCCACCGUAAUAAGAAUUAGUACUUAACAUAAGCCAUUCAAUCGCUUCUAUUCAAGUCCACAUUUACUUGCUU